CACCAGCAUAGAAGCGCCGCCCCGCCACCGAUCCCCCGUCGUUCGUUCCCCAAUGGUGUCCCCACGACUAACUUCUCCUCCUCAAACAACUCAUCCAGCUCCUCCUCAGUCACCACUUUCGGGACGUGGAGAGAACAGCAUUCGAACACGCCUCCACCGGCACUUCCGCCUAGGCGAACGUCGCUCAUAACUCAACAGUCUGCAACACUAGCCACCGCCAAUCGUCGUCGCAAUCCUAUUUCAACCCUACCCACCAAUCCUGUCUUACCUCACACUACAGUGACGUCAUUCUCGUUAGCCAAUAGGGUUAACUCAACCCCAGAAUUGUUAGAAGAGAGUGAGGAAAAGGAGAGUGGAAGUUCGAAUAGUGGGUCAAUGUUUGCGAGCAGUGUUGGAUCAGUUGUGAAGGGAGGAGAAGGAGGUAUUGAGGGACUGAAUUUGCUCGGACUUAAAUUUGUGCCCAUGUUUUCGCGAUCGGAUGAGAGCAGUAAGCACUUGAAUUUGUGA